ACUGACUUGCCAUUUCCUCCAUCGCAGGCCUUGGUGCCACCCAGCUCAUAUCUUUAGAACAUAGCAUUUGUGCAGAAAUGAAAUCCAUGGCUCGUCCUCGCCAUGGUUCACCCAACACGAUCGUUAUAAAGCUCGGAACCUCGUCUAUCGUUCAUGAAACUACACACCAACCACUGCUCUCGACGCUCUCUGGCCUCGUAGAAACUGUCGUCCAGCUGAGGGAGCUUGGCCACAAGGUUGUCCUGGUCAGCUCGGGCGCCAUCGGAGUCGGACUGAAGCGCAUGGAGAUGGCUAGCAAGCCAAAGAGCUUGUCUGGGAAGCAGGCGUUGGCUGCCAUCGGUCAAGGCAGGCUGAUUGCUUUGUGGGACAACCUGUUUGGACAGCUCGGCCAGCCUAUAGCCCAGGUGCUGUUAACUAGGGGUGAUAUUUCGGACCGUACCCGAUAUCUGAAUGCCGUCAAUACAUUCAAAGAGCUGCUCUCACUGGGUGUUGUACCCAUCGUGAAUGAAAAUGAUACCGUGUCGGUCAGCGAAAUCAAAUUCGGUGAUAACGAUACGCUGUCUGCUAUAACAUCCUCGAUGAUCCACGCGGACUACCUCUUCCUUCUGACGGACGUCGACAGCCUUUACACCACGAACCCGCGGAAAGAUCCAACAGCAAAGCGCAUCGAAGAAGUCUCCUCCAUCGCGACGAUCCGCUCGCAAGUGAGCACGACCACGCUCGGCUCGAACCUCGGCACGGGCGGGAUGGAGACGAAGCUGAUCGCGGCCGAGAUCGCGACCGCCGCGGGCGUGACGACGGUGAUCACGUCGAGCAAGGACCCCAAGGCGAUCUUCCGCAUCCUCGAGUACAACAACGCGCUGCGGUCCGGGCGCGCGAGUCCCGCGCCAGGCCCCGCCGCCGACCCACCGCGCGCGGCAGAACGUCCACCGCACACGCUCUUCAAGCCCUCGCCGACGCCGCUGCGCGACCUCAAGGCGUGGACGAGCCACACGCUGCACCCGGCGGGGACCGUCAUCGUUGACGGGGGCGCGCACCAUGUGCUCGCGCGGCGCGAGUCCGGCGGGCGGCUCCUCGCGGCGGGCGUGCGUGGCGUGCGCGGCGCGUUCGCGUCCGGCCAGGCCGUGCGCAUCGCCGUGCGCCGUGCGCCUGCGUCCGCGGCGCCCGGCGGCGGCGGCAGCGACGCCGCGGACGCACACGAGGCAGAGCGUGCCCGCGAGGCGUACCUUCGCGGCGGUGAGACGCAGCCCGGCACGCCUGUGUUGCCCGCAGACGCGUCGCUCGCGUCGUCGAUCUCGACCAUUGACGAUCUGCUCGGGAGCUCGGUGGUGGCGGACCUGGGCGGCGGGGACACGACGCCGUCGGUGCCGACGAAGACACUGCCAGAGGAAGACCACGUCGUGCUGGACGGCGGUAGGGACGAGAGCGAGGACUGGGAGCUCGAGGAAGUUGGCCGUGGGCUGGCGAACUACAACUCGGCGCAGAUCACCCGCGUGAAAGGGCUCAAGAGCUCGCAGAUUGCGCAGGUUUUAGGAUACGCCGACUCGGAGUAUGUCGUCGAGAAUGUCACGAUUCGCGUACCCCCAUGACCAAUAGAGGAUUAUCUGCUUGCCCAGCUAUGACAGUUUUCCUCCUCAAAAAACGGACACGCUAGAAGUAAAAGCAGCCUAGAUGUAGUACGAUAUGCUGUUGCGGGGAUAUCGCUGUUUGCUUUUGAUAUUAACUAGCUUCUGGAUACUUCAAACUAUCACAGUGAUUGAGUAUAUGUAUAUAUCGUACGAGAAAGCAGUGCAUCUACUCCUUGCUCUUCAGCUUUUUCGACUUUUUGCCACCACCUCCCUCGACCUUGCGCUUCUUCGUCUUGCUCUCGGGACCGUCAGUGUGUUUUAGCUCAAGCGUCUCAGUCUCUAAGUUGUCCUCGGCCUUCGGCGCCGGUGUCUCUGCACCGACAGGCAGGAACCGGUGCUUGAGCAUCUCCUUGGGAUACGACGGCCGCGGCGGGUUCUGGAAGGUCGCCCAGGAUGUAUCUUUUGAGUUCUCACCUGAAGACUCGACAUCCGGCUGAGGUGCACGCGCAAAGAGGACUAUCCGCCGCACGGGUACGUCUGGCGCGGCGUAAAACUGCGUGCCCUUCUUCUUGCGCGGGAGCAGCGGCUGCAGCGUCCGCAUCUCGUCCGCGGCGACGGCGUCGUGCGGCUCGUCGGCGAGGGCCCAGACGUCGUACGCGGCGGCAGCCUUGCGUUCGAGCGCGCCGAUGCGCGCCGUCGUGUUCGUCAACAACGGCGCGUCGAGCUUCAGGUUCUGCAGGUGCUUCGGCUUGACCUGUACGGGUACACUGCUCGAGCCUCGCUGACGCAUGGUGUUAGGAGAGGGUCGCACGCACACCUUCGGGCACCCGCACGAUCCAGAGCUCGAGGUCCUCAUCGGCGUUCACGCUCUCCCAGUCGAACUCUUCGUCAAGCUCGCCAUCGAAGACGACCGUCCCUGCAGGCGGCCGGUACGCCCAGUCGGUGUUCGUCCCCUCGUUCUUCCCAUGCGGCGUGUGCACGACCGCCGGCUGGGCCGUCUUCAUCUUCGUCUUGUCCUUUGCAGGCUUUUGUUUGUCGGCCCUUUUUUGGGAGAGGAGCGGCUUCGGGAACGAAGACCUGUCCAGCAUAAUUAUCGACGAGUUUUUGGAAGAGAAACUGAAGGGUUGGUGGAGGGCGGCUAUCUGGCGUUGAUCGGGACUAUGCUUCAAUCAGUAGCAUCUGAGAAAGACAACUGAGCCAACCCUUGCACCCACUUUACUGAAUAUUGCAUGGUC